AUGGCUUCAAGUGCUACUGAAAUAGUCAAUGAAUUCUUCCCCGUGUUUCGAGUCUAUAAGGAUGGUCGAAUCGAAAGAAUGGAGGGCAACGACGUCGUCCCUGCAUCGAUAGAUCUCGACACUGGAUUUCAAUCAAAAGACGUUGAAAUUGCACCUGAAAUCGGUGUACGGGCUAGGCUUUACCUGCCCACAAACGCCAACCCACACCACAAACUUACAGUCCUAGUCUACUUUCACGGCGGUGCUUUCGUCGUUCAAAGUUUUUUCUCUCCGAUGUUAGCCCCAGAGCACCCUCUCCCAAUUGCUUAUGAAGAUUCAUGGGUUCCGAUCAAGUGGGUUGUUUCCCAUUUCAAAGGAGACGGCCAGGAGCCAUGGCUGAAGGACUAUGUUGAUUUUGAACGUGUGUUUUUUGGUGGAGAUAGUGCAGGUAGAAACAUAGCACAUAACAUGACCAUCCGGGUCGGGGUAGAAAAACUUGACGGUAUCAGUAUUUUUGGAUUGGUUUUAAACCAUCCAUUCUUUUGGGGCGAAGAACCAAUUGGUAAUGAAGAUGAUGAAACAAAUUAUCCCAACAAAUCAUUCGUGGAUCGCUUGUGGCGGUUUGGGAACCCAUCAACUGUUGGGUCAGAUGACCCGUUGUUGAACCUGGCUAAAAAUCCGGAUCUUCCAAGCCUGGGAUGGUGCAGGUUUGUGUUGCUGAGGAAGAUCUGUUGA